GGCAUCGAUGUUUCUCUCGGUGUUUCUCCACCACUAGAAGAAAUUUGUUAGCAAUUAUUAAAUUUAAGCGAAAAUACGCAGAAAGCGCCUUAAAACCAGUUAAGAAGUGCCCGCGCACACAGGCGGCGUGGCGACCAGUUGACCGGCAACAGGCUUCCGCCCAAUCCGAUCGAUCAGAGCUUUCGGUUCGGUAAAUUUCGCCAUUGGGCUCAAUUUCAUCACUGCACACGUGUCUGGAGCUUUGCUGGCCAUCGGACUACUCCUCCGUGGGUUGCGGUCAAUCCCGGAGUUGAGCUGGGAAAUGCCCAGCAGUCGGAGGCGGGCAAGCACAGACCGAGACCUCUCCGGCGGAAAAGAUAAGGCAGGACCAGCCGAAGGAGCAGCAGCUCAGCACCGGACUUUCCAUGGCUGAGUACUGGCAACAGUUGACCAACGGCGGCGGAGCAGCAGGACAGGGCAAUGAUUCACCUGCCCUGGCCGCCGCUUGCAAUGGAGGUCACGAGGCGCCCGGAGUGGGUGGCCACAGCAGCGCCCACGGCAACAACAACUAUGUGAACUUCAAUCAGUUCAUAAUGCAGCACAAUUUGGGCGGAGGAGCGUCCCCCAAUGCCGGAGGCACCAUGCAACAUCCUCUGGGCAGCAGUGCCAGCAACAGCAACUACUCCGUCGGCGGCGGAGGAGGAGCCUUCGGACUGAAUCCACCAGCGGCAGCAACAAACUCCAACAACUUUGCAAAUUUUUACUCGCAGCCCAUAUUCCCAACGUAUCAAAAUGGCGAUGGCAUCGCUAGCGCCGCCUUUACAAACAGCUAUGAAUCGGGCCAUCCGAGCAGCAGCAGCAAUUUUUCGAGUCUUUACACACCGUUUGGCAUGAAUCCGUUCGACUUCAGCGCUUCCAAGCUGCAGGCCUCGGCGCCCGAAUUCGUGCCCAGUCUGGCCAAGCUAAGUCUAGAUGAGACUCCGGCGGCCACGACAAACGGAAACAGCACUGCCAGCCAAGAGACUGCCAUAAAUGAGCCGAGACCCAGGACUCUGCAGGCCGAGGGAGCAGCUGAAAGAGGAGGCAACAACCACCGCUCGAACCACAACUACGAAAGGGAGCGGGACAGGGAUUCGAGACCCGGAAGCACGCGUCAGCAGCGUCGCUCUGACUAUCGCGACGAGCGGGAGGAUAGAAGGGAGAGAGAGGACCGCUACGAGCGAAACGAUCGCAGGAGGCCACAGAAGCAGCAACGCUACGACAAUCAUCGCAGCAACAAGCGCAGGGAUGACUGGAAUCGCAACAGGGAUCGCAUCAACGGUUUUCCUCGGGCCGUUGACGACUUGGACACGAGCAACGAGAGUGCCCAACCGUCACCCGAGAAGCAGUCGCAACAGCAGCAGAUAUCCCCACGCAGGGCUCCGCCGCCGCCAGCACCGGAUAACGAGAAGCUAUCGCAGCGGGAGAAACUGAUUCGCGACAUCGAACAGCGCCGACUGGAGUGCCUGGUGUGCGUGGAGGCGAUCAAGGCGCAUCAGCCGACCUGGUCGUGCCAGAACUGCUACCACUUGCUCCACCUUAAGUGCACCAUUACUUGGGCGAGCAGCUCCAAGUCCGAUGUGGGAUGGCGUUGUCCUGCUUGUCAGAAUGUGCUGCAGGACCUUCCCCGGGAGUAUCUCUGCUUCUGCGGAAAGCUGAAGAACCCGCCGGUGUCGCGGACCGAGUUGGCCCACAGUUGCGGGGAGGUCUGCUGCCGUAUCGAGGGAUGCAGCCACGCCUGCACUCUGCUCUGUCACCCGGGUCCCUGCCCGCCAUGCCAGGCCAACGUGGUGCGCAGCUGUGGCUGUGGGCGCAGCUCCAAGACGAUGCAGUGCGCCAUGAAGGAGGAGCUCCUAUGCGGCGAGAUCUGUGACAAGCCGCUUAACUGUGGCGAGCAUCGCUGCCAGGCGGAGUGCCACUCGGGCAAGUGCGCCGCGUGUCCCGAGCAGGUGGAGCAGCACUGCCACUGCGGCAAGCAGGAGCGCCAGGUGCAGUGCACGCGCGAGAGCCAGGAUAAACGUAGCUAUUCCUGCAAGGAGAGCUGCGGCAAGCCGCUACCCUGCGGCAAUCACAAGUGCAAAGACUCCUGCCAUGCGGGCAGCUGUAGACCCUGUAAGCUCAGUCCCGAGCAGAUAACCAGUUGUCCUUGCGGCAAGAUGCCAGUACCGGCUGCUCAGCGUUCCAGCUGCCUUGAUCCCAUCCCCACUUGCGAGGGCAUCUGCUCCAGGACGCUACGCUGCGGAAAGCCGGCUCAUCCGCAUCAGUGCGGCAGCAAGUGCCACCUCGGCCAGUGCCCCCCGUGUCCCAAGCAGACGGCGGUGAAGUGUCGUUGCGGCCACAUGGACCAGAUGAUCAAAUGCCGGCAGCUUUCCAGCCGGGCGGACGAUGCUCGCUGCAAGCGUCGUUGCACCAAAAAGCGCAGCUGUGGCAAGCACAAGUGCAAUGCCGAGUGCUGCAUCGACAUAGACCACGCUUGUCCGCUGCCCUGUAACCGAACCUUGAGUUGCGGCAAGCACAAGUGCGAUCAGCCGUGCCAUCGUGGCAAUUGUCCGCCAUGCUACCGCAGCAGCUUCGAGGAGCUCUACUGCGAGUGUGGCGCUGAAGUGAUCUAUCCGCCGGUGCCAUGCGGCACCAAGAAGCCAAUUUGUAAGCGUCCUUGCUCGCGCUCCCAUCCCUGCGAGCAUCCGCCUCAACACAACUGCCAUUCGGCGGCCACCUGUCCGCCCUGCAUGAUGUUCACCACGAAGUUCUGCCACGGCAACCACGAGCAGCGCAAGACCAUUCCCUGUUCGCAGCCCAACUUCAGCUGCGGCCUGGCCUGUGGCAAGCCUUUGCCCUGUGGUCGCCACAAGUGCAUCAAGCCAUGCCACGAAGGCGCCUGUCAGUCAGCCGGCGAGAUCUGCCGCCAGAGCUGCACUAAGCCGCGAUCAAACUGUGGUCACAAGUGUGCGGCCGCUUGCCACGAGGGAGCCUGUCCGGAGACGCCCUGCAAGGAGUUGGUGGAGGUGCAGUGCGAGUGCGGCCACCGGAAGCAGAGCCGCAGCUGCCAGGAGCUGGCCAGGGAGCACAGUCGCAUAGCCACCGCUCAGCUGGCCUCGUCCAUGGCAGAAAUGUCGCGCGGCAAUUAUAUGGAGCUUAGCGAAAUCUUGGCUCCCGCCAAGGCUAACAAGUCCAAUAGAACUUUGGAUUGCAACGAUGAAUGUCGUUUGCUGGAGAGAAAUCGUCGUCUGGCUGUGGCCCUGUCCUCAGGAAAUCCCGAUACAAAGCAAAAAACCCUGACCAAGUACUCGGAAUUCGUACGUGGCUUCGCAAAGAGAAACCCGGCGCUGACCAAGAGCGUUUACGAGACGCUGACUGAUCUGGUGAAGCUGGCCAAGGAGAGCAAGCAGCGCUCGAGGAGCCACUCCUUCCCCACGAUGAACCGCGAGAAGAGGCAGCUGGUGCACGAGCUGUGCGAGAUAUUUGGCAUAGAGUCGGUCUCCUACGACAAGGAGCCCAAUCGAAAUGUCGUGGCUACGGCCCACAAGGAAAGGUGCUGGUUUCCUGCUACGAGCAUCAUGGAGGUGCUGGCACGCGAGUCCGGACAACGCCGGGUCCCAGUGCCCAGUAACAACGCCUGGGGCUUGAAGAAAUAGAGCUGAUAUUUGUAUACAGAGAUAUUCUAUAUGUUUAAUCGUUGGCGCUGGAAACAAUACUUUAAAAUAGAUGCUGAGGGUGCAGAGGAUGCAGAGGAAGGAGCCUGGAUGAAUCAUUGAUCGGAUGCGCUGCGAAGGACAAUACACCAUUGCCGUUAUCACGUAUAUUUUGUAAAUUAUAACGAAUGUUAGUUGAACCCUAGAACGCUAAAUGUUGAAUACUGAAUGGAGUGAACUGGAUGCGCAGGCACAAAUAUGAAGAAUGCUGUUAACCAAUCUGUUGUACGAUGAAUUUAUCCAAAAUUGAAACCUUCUGACCAUGUUGCAUCUAAUUAAAUAAAAAGAAGUAGAUCAGAGGGAUAAAUAAACGAGUAAAUAGAGCAGAGGGCAA